AAAUGGAUUGUCAUGCCUGAGGUGGAAUAGUAUUUAUUUAUUUAUUUAUUUAGAAGUUUUAUAUACCGGUCUUCUCACCUCCAAGGAGGGACUCAGGCCAGUUCACAACAUGUGUUCAUAUACAGUAAUAUACAAAACAGCACAGUGCAUCAUCAUUACACAUUAAAAUAUAAGUACAAUAAAAACAUCAUCAUCACAUUACACAAGCCAAGUUGUCAAUGCAUUGCUGCCAAAGUAUUUAACAUCCAACAUUUGUUAAUAAAUUCAACCUCCCCCCCCCAAUCCAUUCAUAUCAGAUUAAAUAGUAUUGUGUUGCCCUUUCAUGAUUCUCAAAAUCACCUCCCUGCCUUGCUUAUCUACUGACAGGCCAGAUCCUUUUUUACAGCAUAUUAACUGUGCCAUUAGUGUUAAUGUAAGGCGCUCCCUGCUCUCCGAUGGAUGUCUUCUAAGUCCAUUUUUGCUUCUCUGUGUGUGGUUUCGAGGCUAAGGACUUUGAGCCUUCUUUCGUCACUUCAAAUAUGUUGCUUGUGGAUACUUGCUAAGUUGUGUUGCAACUGUCCAAUCUCUCAGCCCUGUUAUUUGCAGUAAGGACCAUAAUGUAGACAAAAUACAGAUAAGAUGAGAAAAGAGAAUGGGAGGGAUCCUUACAUGCAGCUACAGAUGUACUGCUGCAACCUUGUGAGAUUCAGCUGGACUUAAGGAGAAAAGAUUGUUCUGUGAGCUGGAAUUACCCUUUGUUCCCCUUGUGCCCUGCAUUACUACUUUGUGGGAUUGACUCUCAUCUAAGUUUCCUUUUUCUUUGUGAGUAAAAAAAACCCCAAGGCUCACACCCAGAGUUUCACAUGGUUUCCGGUACCGCUGACUUUAGAGUCAAUACAGGAAGAGUGUGGAGAAAGCAACUGCACACUCUUGUGUUCUUGCAAAACAGUUUGAAAGAAAAUUAACUGAAUUACACUCCGAAGAAGUGAAAAACAUGGCUGAUCAUGUGGAGGAAUGUGUGAGAGACCCUGAGAGUGACAUGGGUGUGGAGGAAGGUGAUCUGGCUGAAACAGAAAGGCUGACAGCACAAUGGAGCGUGGAAGAUGAAGAGGAAGCAGCAAGGGAACGCAGACGAAGGGAACGUGAGAGACAACUUAGAACUCAGGCAGAAGAAGGCCUUGUCAGCACCAGCACAUCUUCAGAAAGUGGACUGCCCCCCCAAGAAAGCCAGAUUGAUGGAAAGCCAGCUGGGGGUUCAGAGCUGGAGGAAGAUGAAGGCUUUAGUGACUGGUCCCUGAAACUUGAGCAACGCAAGCAGAGAUGGGCAGAGAUGGGAGAAGCAGCACCAAAUGGAUAUCGCACAUGCUAUAGUGAAUGUAGUAGAGAAGCUCAGCAGGUGGCUCCUACGACAUGGGAAGGAAGGUCACCAAAGCAUUCCUGUGAAGAAGAUGGCAAUCUGAUGGAAGCAGAAGCCAAACUAGAGCAGGUGCAGCUAGGUCAGGACUCCCCCACCUUCAUCCGAUUUACACCUGGGCCUUCCAGCUUUCUCAAGUUUGUUUCAACUUCAGUAUCCCAAGAGCAGCCUGAAGCAGAGCUGGAGGGGCAGCAGAAGAUUAUCGAAACAGCCUGUGUUGGAGAGGAGAACCAAGAUAUUGCAGAAGUGUUUCCAGAUGCCCAAGAAGAAAUUAAACAUGAGGAAGAGGAAGUGAAGCAGGAGGAAAAGAAAAGAAGAUGGAACGAGGAGGAAGAGGCAUCAGAAAAGCGCCAAAGAGCUCCAAGCACGUCUAGCAAUGAAGAAGAGGGUGAACUCCCGCUAAGUCCUACUUUAAAGAUUACUGACAGAACUGAAUGUUUAAAUCGCUCCAUACAGAAAAGUAACAGCGUGAAGAAGACACAACCACCUCUCCCUGUUGCAAAAAUUGAUGACAAACUUGAACAGUACACACAUGCCAUUGAGACUUCCAGCAAGUCACCCAAACCAGUGCGCCAGCUUUCUAUUGACCUUCCUGCCAACAGUGCUGCAGUGACCAGCACAAAAAGUCUCUGGGAGACUGGUGAAGUGGUUCAGUCCCCUGUGAAGACAACACCCUGUAAGGACAUUGUGGCUGGAGACAUUGUGAGUAAGAGAAGCAUUUGGGAGCAGAAAGAAAGCCCAAAUCCAGAUGGAAAUGCAAAGGUGAAGCUUCCUGGCAAGAAGUACAGGUAUGUGGCAAUUGGCCAUGGCAAAUACAAAAAGGUGUCAAUCGAAGAUGAGACAUCUGCAGAAAAAUAGCCUGCCUAGGCUGGAAACAAAUAGGCAAGUACAUUCGGCUUGGUCCUUGCUUGAAUGCUGGAGGCAAUACUUCUGUGCAACGCUGAUGUUUCCUCUGCUGAAAGAGAAGCAUAUUCCCUUCCUGCUCAGUUUGGCAACCUGCCCUAAACCCUGCUAGUGAUUAUUGUUUUUCACAGAUGGACACAUCUCUCCAAGUCAUUUUAAUUUGGACUUGGAUAUAGCAUUGACUCUAUUGGCAAUAACAAUUUUAGAUUAAGUUUUCUUUCCACUGAGGAAUUAACAUGUGUAAUACUCUGAGUCCUUCUAAUUUUCUGAAUUUAGCAUCUAAGUUUGCCUAGGAGAAUUAGGCAAACCUUUCUCUUUACUGUCUCAAUAACCAUUGAAGAACCUUCAUUAUUGGUUUGUUUUUUGAGUUGUAAGUAAGAAAUUCAUACAAAUGUGAAAAUAAAGAUUAUGUCAAGAGGUGUAGAAAGGACAAAAAAUAGUAGUCUAUAUAGCUCAGGGAUGGAAAUCUUUGGCCUUCCAGAUGGUUUGAAUAUCAUAGGCCAGCAUAGCUAGUGGUCAAGGUUUAUGAGAGUUGUAGUCUAAAACAUCUGGAGAAUCAAAUGUUCUUUGACCUUGCUUUAGCUAAUUCUAGGUACUUAUAUACUGUUUUAAGCUGUGAUCACAUAAGUCUUCAAAACUGCAAUGCAUUCUGCAGCUCCUGACCAUAAUUUGGUGUUCUGAUGGGGCAACACUUCUGAAGUUCUCAAUAUGCAAUAAAGGAGGUGGAGGGAGACAAACAACUAAGUGUCAAGAGAGUCUCCUCUCACUUUAGUAUUUUCCACUUAAAAGCUUCCCCUGUUUUUCUCAAAGUCAUCCAGAAAGGCUAGGUAAUGCCUCUACCUUGUGGUCGAUAGAGGAACUUUUAUCAUACAUUAUAUGAUGAGUUAUAUGUCCUACUAUUUCAGGGUAAUCAUCACAAGGCAUUCCAGGAAAUCAUUUCCUCCAAAAGUGCUUAUCUGACCUAAAA